UUUUUUUUUUUUUUCUUAAAUCAUCCAUACCCUUUCCUCCUUUGGAUAUAUAUAUAUAUAUAGAUAUGACUAUCGACCAACCACCAAGAAGUAAAUUGUUCAUGUCAAGAGAUCUGAUAGAACUGAAUUGAUGAUCUACUUUUUUUUUUUCCUUUAUUCUUUGAUAGAACCCCCUCAAGUCAUAGCUCAUCGUGGUUUCUCUGGUCAACAUCCUGAAAAUACCAUGAUAUCCUUUGAAAAAGCGGUGGAAGCCGGUACUGAUGCCUUGGAAGGUGAUAUCCGUUUAAGUAAAGAUGGUGAAUUGGUGAUGAUGCAUGAUUUGACUUUACAAAGAACAACCACUGGUACUGGUAAUGUGGGUGAUCAUCCUUGGUAUGGAUAUAUUGAUGGUCUAAAAACAAAGGCGGAACCUGCACAACCUAUUCCAAGAUUGAAUGAUGUUUUCGAUCUUUUGGUACGUCCUGAAGUAGCAUCCAAUGAACAAUUAUAUAUGAUUGUAGAUAUCAAGUUUGAUAAUCCAAUUGAGAUUCUCGAUCGAUUAUAUGCAUUAUUGGAAGAAUACAAAGAAUAUGCCAGUCUACAACGUCAAGUAGUGAUUGGAGUAUGGCAUCAUGACUUUUUGGAUCGAACAAGAGAACUCUUUGGAGAUACGUACAAGAUUUGUUUUAUUGGAUUAUCUCUCGUAGGUGCAAGACGUAAAUUCCUUGAACAAGUAGACUGUUUGUCGGUACCAUUUGCAGCCCUGGCAGAUGAAGAUGGACAACAAUUUAUCCGAGAAGCGCAUGAUCUCGGCAAACGUGUAUUUACAUGGACGAUCAAUGAUGUGGAACAAAUGGUGUGCGCAGUGGCUUGGGGUUUGGAUGGUAUUGUUGGUGAUCACGUUGAUGUUAUGGUCGAACAUAUGCAUCAUCAAGUCAUGAGUUACUCCCACGAAGAAUAUAUCUCUUACUUGGACGCUUCUACUCAUUUGAAACAUAGACGUACUCGAUGGUAUUACUACUGUGUCAAAAAGGCAAUGCAAUGGGGUAGUGCAACAUACAUUGGUGUGUGAAUCUUCUCAUAUUUCAAGAUAUUUAUUAUUAUUGAUUAUUAGUUAACUUUUAUUCUUUUGUUUUGAUGAUAAUAAUAAAAAUCAUAUGAUAUCCAUUUUA